GGGGGCUUCAGUGGACAGUCGUCUCUCACAGCUCUGCGGGCCGCAGACCCGAGCAGAGGGUGCUGCGCAGCUGGGUCCUGGGGAGACCCGCCUCCUGGUCCUGGCUGGCUGUGUCCUCACGGGGGAUGGCCUGAGGGUGGUUUUCUCUGCAGGAGGCCAGAAGCAGCUCGGGGGCAGCUCCCAUGGGGUCCAGCUCUGAGGAGGAAGCCAUGGCCCCGGCCGUCCCCCCGCUGGGGCCCAACGAGAGGUUCCACCUGUUUGUCAGCUACAGCAGCAUGGACGCCACGUGGACCCACUGGCUCAUUGGCCGCCUGGAAGCCGACCACGCAGGGCUGAGGGUCUGCCUGCACGAGAGGGACUUCACCCCGGGCAGGAACGUCCUGGAGAACAUGGCCGAGUGCAUCCAUCAGAGCCAGAAGGUGCUGCUGGUGCUGAGCCAGGACUUCGUGCAGAGCCGGUGGUGCCUCCUGGAGGCCGACCUGUCCCUCUUCGGCUACUGCCUGGACAGGAAGCCGGUCAUCCCUGUCCUGCUGCGGCCCUGCCAGGUCCCGCUGCACCUCAGCCACCUGACCUACCUGGAGGCCACGGACAGCAGCUUCUACAGCAAGGUGGCGCGGCUCCUGUGCACGCCCAGCCACCGCAUGGCGUGCCCCCUGCCUGGCCGGCACCCCGUCCCUGCUCUCUACAGUGGGAAGACCCUCCUGACCGUGAACUGCAUCAACAGGACCAGCCUGCCCUCUUGGAAGGUGGGGACCUUCAGCACCCUGAGCGUCCCGGACCCCUUGAAGGAAGUGUUGCAGGACCCCGAGGUGUACAAGCAUGCCGUGGGCAUCCUGAACGGGGCCAAGUCCCCCAGGUCCUGCCUCCGGUACCUGGGCUGCAGGGUACCGCUCGGCAUCUUCUUCCUCCUUCUCUCCGGGGUUUUCAUCAUGCUUACUGUGGUUUCCUGUGCCCGGCCUAUUACCCGGGAUCUGCAGUUGCUACCAGCCACCACCUGUCUGUUUUUAAGCCUCCUCCUCAUCACCUUAGCAGUUAACGCCCUGUGUUGGUUCAGAAGGUUUUCUAGGAAGAAGAUGCGGGAGCUGGUCCUCAGGGUGGGGGAGGCCAACCAGCUGCUGGCGCCACACUCCGUGCUGAUGGGCUGCGAGACCCUGAACCAGCUGUCCUUCGUGUUCGUGCGGCUGGAGGACUGCCGGCAGGUCUUCCUCGCAGCCCCCGAGGGCGAGGCCCUGUUCCAGGAGGCCCUGCUGCAGUUCUCCUGCGCCUAUGCCUGCUGCCUGGUGCAGGUGCACUUCCCCCCCUAUGGGGAUGUCACAGCAGCUCGGAGCCACCUGCAGCCUGGCCUGUGUUUCUGCCAACCAGUGCACCCUGCCUGCUCUGCCCUGGGCCCAGGUCCUGAAAGGAAGACCCAGCCUCUCUCCAUCCCCCCUCCUGGGGAAGGUGUGCUUGGGGCUCAACACUGCCCCCCGGAGCCGCAGCCGUGCCAGAGACCUCAUCCUCACCGCCGACUCUGAUCAUCCCACAGGAACAGGCGGCACCCCUACAAGGUGACCGAGAACCGAUUCUGGACACUGGGGACAGAGCAGGGAGCAGCUGCAGGCUGCACCGUCUCUGAGCUGCAUGGCCUUCAUCACUCUGCACCCAUAGGGAGCAGGGAGCAGGACCCUCACCUCCUGCCUCCCGCCUCUCCCCAGAGAACGCCUGCAGCUCCAGCCCAAGCAGAGGCAGGACCUGGGAGGUGAGGGGUGGCCCUGGGGCUCUGGCCUGGGCCUUGGUUUACCCACCACUGAAUGAGCACUUGGCAGAUGAUGUCCCAGCAGACCUGAAGUCCAGCGCUGGGCAGGUGUCCCUGUCUCCCCUGGAACCCUUGGGCCAUGGCCAGGCUCGGUACUGGCGAGACUGGCUCAGCUGCUCUGUGGAUCGCUGCCUCCGUCCAUUGUUUGGCCCACAGGGCCCUGAACGACCCUUGCCGCCCCCUGGCCCCAGGCCUCCAGUAGCUGCAGACACAAACCAGCAGAGGCCCCUCCUACACCUUCCCAGCCGCCCUUGUGGGCGGCCUUCCCGUGGGGUUGGGCCUGUGUCAUCCUGGUGUGACCUUCCUGACCUGUGAGCCUCAGUGUGACCUGCCCAGUCCUACAGGACCUGCAGUUCUGGAGGCUCUGUGGCACAGGCAUGAAGUCACAGGGGAACUGGCCUCCUUCUGGCCCCCAGGUCCCAGGCUCCCCACCUUCCUGCAGCUCCUUCCCGGCACCGGUGCUGCCCGAGACCCGCUGUGCCAGGGGCUGGCCUGACGAGCGUAGAGUCUGUCUCUGGGACGGCGACCUCGGUGAGGGCUGUGGCGACCCACCUGAGUGGGGUCUCCACCUCCUGGACCCCGUCCCUGUGUCUCUGGGCCUGGCCCUCAGCGAGUGUUUGCCUGACUUUCAGGUGUUAACCUUGAAACGGCCUUGAGGACCAGGGCUCUGAGGGCUGUGACUCGAGAAUAGUGGUGGGUGCGACGGGAAGUGAGGAAGGCAGCCGGGGGCGCAGGGGAGGCUGGCUCCUGAAGGAGCAGCUGGUGGCAGUGGUCUGACCAGGGAAAGGCCAGCCCCCAAGGCCACGGCCCCCCAUGGGCCUCCGAGGGUCCGGGGUCCCCGAGGAGCACACGGAAUUUCUCUUGUUCUCCUUGAACCCACCGCCCGCGCCGUGGCGUCCCUCAUCAGGGAGCCUGUCCACCGGACGCACUGUGCGAGAGUCACGUUUUCCACUGGGAACGUUUUCUCUCGCACCACCGAAGCCCCGGCAGCUCUCACGCCGUCUUCGGGAGGCUCCUCCGGGCGGUGGGCCGGGCUCCAGGACCCCUCCCUGCGGGCGUCGGUGGUUGGUUAGCUGUCGGCAAGGAAGGUGGCCCAGCGAGUUGCACGUUGCUGAGCCUGACGGGCUGGGCGGCAGGAGCCGGCCCGCAUCGCCAGGAGGCCACGGCUUCACACCCCAGGGGACCGCGGCGACACCCACUAGGGUCGAGACCCCUCCCUCCCCAGCUGGUACCAGACUGUGGCGGGGAACAGGGAACAGGUGGAGGUGAGCACAUGCGCAAUGGGAGUCAAAAUGGCGCAGGGGGAGGUGCUAGUCCAUAGAAGCCUGUCAGUCUAGCCUGGGCAAGCCAUCAAUUGGCUAGGGGGGUAGGGGGGUGGGCCCAUCGGAAGAAGCCUGUGAAAGCUUGGGAAGUCGAUUGGUUAUUUUGAAAAAGCUCGUGGGCCGCCCUGGCUGGUGUGGCUUUGGGUUGAGCGCCACCUGGGAACCAAAAGGUUGCCGGU